AUGGCUGAAAACACGCAGCAAUUUGGUUCAAGGGAUGUUGGACAGAUGAGCGGAAACAAUAACGACCAUACCAUCCAAUCGAUACAGCAACAACUUUCUGAGUUGACGAGCUUCGUUCGACACCCUACAGAUGCAUGUCCGACCCUCCAAGAAGAAUGUGCAGUGGAUGUGAACACUGCAAACUACGGUAUGAAUAGACCUCCAGCGUACAAUCCAUACUCCAACACCUACAAUCCAGGCUGGAGAGAUCAUCCGAACUUGCGUUAUGGAAACGCACAGCAGGGUAAUGCUCAUCAACCAUUUGGAGCUAUGCAGCAGAUGCAACAACCUCGUUUCUAUGAGAAACAGCCGCCCCAAGGACCCAUAAGCAACUCCAGUCCAUCUUUGGAAGACUUGGUGAAGUCUAUGGCUACCAGUACCCUGCAAUUCCAGCAAGAGAUGAAGUCAACUGUCGCCAAAUUACAAGGUCAGAUCAAUGAAGUGUCAGAGGAGGUGAGACAGCUACGUGAAAGAGGAAAGUGGCCUGCUCAGCCUGAGCCAAAUCCAGCAAAUGUCAGCGCCAUCACUAUCUGCAGUGAUACGAAGAUUGAAUGUUCUUCCCGGCCUAAUCCAAAGAAUACGAGUGCUAUAACUCUUCGUAGCGGAAAGGAAUUGGAAGGUCCACCUCUUAUCUCAAAGGAACAGAAUGAGGAUCAGAUUGAGAUGGAGAUCGAAAAAGAAGCUGAACUUCACGAAAAAGUACUUCCUGACUCUGUUCCUCCUACUGAAACUAAAUCAGCUCCUUUUCCUGACAGGUUGAAGAAACCACAAAAGGCAAACAAACGAAAAGAGAUGAUGGAAAUAUUCAAGAAGGUGGAACUUAAUAUCCCGCUCUUGGAAGCUAUCAACCAAAUCCCCAAGUACGCAAAGUUUUUGAAAGAACUAUGCACCAACAAAAGAAAAUUGCGAGGGGACGAGCAUAUUAUAGCGGGUGAGAACGUUUCUGCUGUUAUCAAAAGAAAGGUACCACCUAAAACAGGUGAUCCAGGUAUGUUUUCUAUCCCUUGUAAGAUUGGAAAAACUGAGAUAACUAAGGCUAUGCUAGAUCUAGGAGCUGCUAUUAAUGUCAUGCCUCGAUCAAUAUACGACUCUUUAAAUCUAGGGCCUUUAAAAGAAACAUGA